CAGCCAAUGAGCGCGUGGCCCCGCAUCCGGGGAUCCCGGCGCGGCCGCCGCCUCCCGCGCACACACGGCCAUGGCGGAGGCCUCCUCACUGGAGAGGCAGAGCCCUGGUGCGGCCUCCUGCCUGCCUCACAGUCUGUGCCCUGGGGAGCCCAACUUGCAGACCACAGCAGUGGUGUCCAUGGGCUCUGCGGACCAUCAGUUCCACCUGGCGGAGAUCCUGUCGCAGAACUACGGCGUCCGGGAGGAACACGAGGGUGCAGCGCAAGGCCCAGAGAAGCCGGAGGAGGAGCUGGAGAAGGACUUCGUCUCCCAGAGCAGUGACAUGCCUCUUGACGAGCUAUUGGCCUUGUACGGCUACGAGACCUCAGAGCCCAUCUCGGAGCGGGAGAGCGAGGGCAGCGAUACCGCAGCCCACCUGCCCGACAUGACCCUGGACAAGGACCAAAUAGCGAAGGAUUUGCUUUCAGGGGAAGAAGAGGAAGAAACACAGUCCUCGGCCGAUGACCUCACCCCAUCUGUGACCUCUCACGAGGCUUCCGACCUUUUCCCUAGUCAGAGUGGAUCCUGCUUCCUGGCUGAUGCGGACAAGGAGCCUGGCUCCUCCAGCUCAUCAGACGCUGAGGAGGACCCGCUUCCCGCCAACAAGUGUAAGAAGGAAAUCAUGGUUGGGCCUCAGUUCCAAGCGGACCUCAGCAACCUGCACUCGAACCGGCAUGGUGAGAAGAUCUAUGAGAAUGAAGACCAGCUGCUCUGGGACCCCAACAUCCUUCCCGAGAGGGAGGUGGAGGAGUUCCUGUACCGGGCAGUGAAGCGGAGGUGGCACGAGAUGGCUGGGUCUCAGCUUCCGGAGGGAGAGGCCGUGAAGGACAGCGAGCAGGCACUGUAUGAGCUGGUGAAAUGCAAUUUCAAUGCGGAGGAGGCCCUGCGGAGGCUGCGGUUCAACGUGAAGGUGAUCCGAGACGGGUUGUGCGCCUGGAGUGAGGAGGAGCGCCGCAACUUCGAGCAUGGCUUCCGCGUGCAUGGCAAGAACUUCCACCUGAUCCAGGCUAACAAGGUGCGCACGCGGUCAGUGGGCGAGUGCGUGGAAUACUAUUAUCUGUGGAAGAAGUCCGAGCGCUACGACUACUUCUCUCAGCAGACACGGCUAGGCCGCCGGAAGUACGGCCCGUCAGGAAACACGGAUGCCGACCAGGACCUGGAGGGCAGUGACCCUGAUGGCCCUGGCCGCCCCCGCUCAUCGCCACCCCUGCCCCUGCCUGCUGCUGCCCACGGCCCGGGCCCUGAGCAUGACCGCUUGGCUCAGAUGCACGUGGAGCCCCUGAGCAUGGGCAGCAGCAUGUCCCGGAGUCUUGGCGAGCCUGGGGAGGCCCUGGACGCACCCCCAUCCUCGGAGCCAGGGCCUCGUUCGUUCCCGCCACUGGACGAGCCCUCAGCGCUGCCGUUGCCUCGGCGGCCCCCAGCCCUGGCUGAGCCGGCCUUCUUCCCGCCCGCCACGGCUGCUCCAGAGCCCGGUGCCAGCCCAAGGCUGGCUGUGGACUUGACCCUGCCUGAGGAGCUGCCGCUCGUCUCCAGCCACGAGGACACAGAUGGAGAGCCUGAGGAGACCGUGGGCCCUCCGCAAGUGGCCUUGUCGGUGGCUGAGUUUGGACUCAUCGGCAUUGGGGACGUGAACCCCUUCCUGGCCUCCCACCCUGCAUGCCCGGCCCCUGGGCUGCACUCGGAGCCCUUGUCACAGUAAUACAUUCGUACGGUUCAAAAUCCAAAAAGGUACACACGGGGCCAGUGCCAGGCUGCUCCUGGCCCUGCGAGCCGCCAGCCCUCCCCGGGCGCCAGGCCUUGCUGCCUUGGGAGGGGCUGUCGGCAGUGGGGGUGGGUCUCCGGGAGGUAGGGUGGGCCCGGUGCUUGGGGGCUGCACUGAUGUCUCCCAUCUCUCCUGCUCUCCCCUGCAGCUGUAAUGUGAUGACCUGUUGAUCCCUGGCCACAGGCGGGCAUGUAGCUGGACUGGACUUGGGGCCACUGCGAGGCCUGCCUGUCAGUCUUCCCGACCCCUCCUUUUUUUGUGGGCCGUGAGUGGCGUCUCUUCUGCUCAGAACUCUUCGAGGACCAGGGUGAGCAGGGCCCUCCCAUGCCACACACCACGUGACCCAGGCUCCACGCCCACCCUGGGAUUCAUCAGGCGGCCGGGCCUGGAGGGCUGGCCUGUCCAGCAACAGAGACCCCGCCAGGGACAGGGGAGACAGGCCGGAUGCCGCACCACCAGCAGCCUCCGCCGGGCACCCUCAGCACUCUGCUCACUCGUCUCUUGCGCCCGGCUGGACUAUGGGCCGCCCCGGCCCAGGCUUGGGGCAGCUGCUACUCGGUGCCAAACCCCGUGGGGCGCAGAGCCAUAUACCUCGAUGCUGGCCCUGCCCUGCUGUCCGCCCGCUCUCCACUUCAGGAAAAGCUGCACUUUACGCACCCCACCCCCACCCCCAGGUCCUUGGCUGCCUCGGGUGUGGGUCUGAGGACAUGGGACUCACACCCCUCGGCACCGAGGCCCUUUCCGAGCUGCACCGGGGGCCUGGCUCCAGCCCAUUUCCCUGACCGAGGAGGUUGUGUUUUUGUUGAGGUCCCAGCGGGACCGCUGGGGUCCUGGACCUUCUCCUCUCCAGCCGCCUUGUUUUAUUUAUGUUUCUGUUUACAAAUGGGAGUGGGGUCCUCUGGGGGCAGGGCAGCGCUCCCACCCCGUGUCACCAGGGGGGCUUUGGCUCGAGCCAUCCACAGGGCUGGACUCGACCUUCCCUUGCCCCACCAAGGACCACACUGUGAAGUGACACUGCCUUGACCCCCUUGCUGUUUUAUUUAUUAAACUUGGUUUGAAGCCC